AUGGCAGAUAAGAAGAGGACAGAAAGAACAUUUAUGGUUGGAGACUGGGUGUAUUCAAGGCUGAAACCUUACAGGCAAACAAUAGUAGCUUUAAGAAGAAAUAUGAAGUUGAAUCCAAGAUAUUUUGUUUCGUAUAAAGUCAUUCGGAAGAUUGAGAAAGUAUCCUACAAGCUGUUAUUACCAGCAACAACCCAUAUCCACCUAGUAUUCCAUGUUUCCUUGUUGAAAAAGAAGAUUGGAGAUAAUGCAGUUGUAUCUUCAAUAGUUCCAGUAACAGAUGAGUCAAGCAAGGUGAAGAUGCAACUUGGGAAGAUCUUGAAGAGCUUCAGCUGCAAUUCCCAGAAUCUGACAUUCAUUCUGGAGGUCAUUUUGUGUGGAUUAUUGGUGUUCUCGGCUAUGCUUAGUGGCUUUAUAAUGAGAUAUUUGGUGGAGGAACCAAUACAAAUAAGGCAGGAUUUGAAUUUCGAUUAUACAAAGAACAGUCCUGUUGCAUUUGUGUCCAUAAAACCUUGUGGUGGCGUUGCUUGUGAUGACGAGGAUUGUAAAGAGAAUAUUGGAAAUGUCAAGAGCUUAAAGAGAAUAUUUGUGGUGCUUGUUCUGACUUGCUUCACUGUUCAUUUGCAGAUCUGUGUGGACUUCCUCUCUGUUGAUGGGAAAACCCUUGCCACCAAAAGCCAUCCAUGCAUUUUAAAAUUCAAAAGCGAGUUUAUCCGCAUUUUAUUGAAUUUUCUUAAGGUUGCACCUCUUGCUGCUGGCUACAUUUCUGAAUCCCAGACUUUGGCGUUGAAGAUAAAAGGUUUUAGGGAAGGUGACGUGCCUGCUUCCUGCUUGAAGGUGAUAAUUGAACAACGAGCUGAAUGCCGGCCUGGAGAUGGUAUCCCUGAAAUAUAUGAUGCGUCCGUCAUAUGGAUUGUAUGGUGCGGGAAGAAAAGCAUAGUCAUAUGGAUUAACAUGGUUUUAUUUAUGAUGGAGUUGUUGUUCGCUCUAGUAUGCUGUAGACCUGUUAUUAUUCCGAGAGCAAGGUUGACUGAUGAUUCUGGUAUCAACAGUACCACUCCAAACAACGUCCCCGCACAGAGUUGA